GGAGAUUAGCUAAAGCCUCCCCAGGAUAUUGGGAUUUCCAUUGUCCUUUGCGGACCCUGUAUGUGCUGGUAGAUAUCGUUACUCCUAUGGCAAAUAUAGCAAGAAGGAACAAAUAUUUAGGAUGCUGCUCUCCUGAAAUUUUUUAAACCAAAUCUCAGACCCAUUAUAAGCACCAUUAUUAUUCUGUGAUGUUUCAUCGUUGACCUCCAAUCUGGACCUUUUGGUCCAUAAGUUUUCUUUCUGUACGGACUCAUUGAGCCAGCCAAACACAUGCACAGAAUCUUCUCAGCUCCCUGAAAUUUUAUUUUGAUGGUUUGUAUUUAAAAAACUAGAAGAUCUACACGUUUUAAUGAUGCAACUCACUGGUAUUUCACAAGUGACCACACCGGUGUGUGCAAUUCCAAGAUGAAGAAACAGGUGGUUGUCAGAAUUCCGGGUAUCUUCUUGUGUUCUCUCUAAGUCACUGUCCCCACGGGUAUAGUUUUCUUGGCUAUCUUUGUAGGAUUGUGAUGUUUGGGAAUAGGUUCAUAGAUUCAUAACUCUCCAAGAUUGGAAAGAUUAGAUCACUUUUCCCAUUUUGUACUUGAUAUAAAUGGAGUCAUACUGCCUGAAUGUGUAAUGAUGACUUAUUUCUCAUGCCAUAUGACUUUUGAAAAUUGAUUUGUAUUCUUGCGUAGUCUUGUUAGCAUUUUAGAUCUGCUGUAGAAGACUCCAUGGUGUGACUAUGAAAACAUUCACUGAUGGCUGGUCCUGUUAAUGGGAAGUGGGUAUUCCUGAGUUUGGACUACUAUGAGUAACGAGUAGUGCUGGUAUAUAAUUCUGUAACCAGUCUUUUAGGGAUAGCAGACAAACUUUGUUGAGUAUAUUCAUAGCUGUAUAUUUGUUGGGACAUAGUAUAUCCAAGAUAGCUAAAGUUUAUACUACCACACAGUUUCCAAAUUUUAAUGUUUGCCAGUAGUUUCAAGAUUCUUGGUUGAUCCACAAGUUUGCAAAGACUUGUUGUUUCUCUCAUUCUCCUUUUAUUCUUUUUUUUAAAGUUUGUUUAUUUUAGUAAUCUCUGUACCCAAUGAUGUGUCUGAACUCACAACCCUGAGAUCAAGAGUCUCAUGGUCUUCCACCUGAGCCAACAAGGCACCCCUGUCCUCCUUGUUUUAGAUUUUUAUGUCGUGUUUGAUGGCACCAGGCGGUAGUGUCAUAUUUGAAAUUAUGUGACUACUAUAGACAUAGAACAUUUUUACACCUGUAUUAUCUAUUGAGUACCCUCUUAUUUGAAGUUUCUGUUGAAACGGUUUGUCCAUUGUUUAUUCUCUUGUGUGGUCUUCAGGAAUUCUUUCUGCUGGUUACAAAUUGUGUGUGUGUGGUGGGGAUGUUUGGAUGAGAACCACCCAUUCAUGUAAUACAAAGUCAUUUUACUGGCAUGGUUAAUGUGCCCUGUGCUGUUCAAGAAAUAAUAUCGUGUUCUAAGGUAUAGACAUUUUUUUUUCUUUUUCAGGAUGAAUCCAUUGUACCUUUAAGAUUUAUGUAAGCAAUCCAGUCAGACUUAAUUCGUUUUAGGAAGUGAUAGUGAUCAAGUUUUCCUUUUUCCAAUAUAACUUGCACAUUUCAGGUUCUGAAAAUGUUGCCUUGUGCUUUCUUUCCAUUUGCUCUCACCUGUCAUUGCUUCUCCAGGAUAACAGCACCUCAUCCUUACUGUGGACUUUUCAGUUAAAUAGACUACAAAUCUCUCCAUCUCUUCCAAUCACAGGAAGUCAUGGCAAUCAAAUCGGAGCACUCAAUUCAUGUUAUUUGUGGUGUAAAAACCUUCAGUGAGGCUUUGCCCAGAGAAAUGAUUGUUGUUCAUAAUAUAAAGGAAAACAUGUAUGAUAGAUUAGCUUCAGGGCAUUUGACAGUAGGAAUAAUCUUCUUGUCACAGACGACAGUUGGAAUUGUGGGCAAUUUCGUUCUUCUUUAUCAUUACGUGUCCGUUUACCACACUGAACGCAGGCUGAGGUUCACCCGUUUGAUUCUCAUGCACUUGACUAUAGCCAACUCCUUGGUCAUUCUCUCUGAAGGAGUCCCCCAGACAUUGGCAGCUUUGGGAUUGAAAUCUUUUUUCACUACAUUUGCAUGCAAACUUUUUUUGUACGUUCAGAGAGUGGGCAGGGGGUUGUCCAUUAGCAGCACCUGCCUCUUGAGUGUCUUCCAGACCAUCACGAUCAGCCCGAUGAACUGCUAUUGGAAGGAUCUUAAAGUCAAAGCCCCAAAAUAUGUUGGCUUCUCCAUUUUCCUCUGCUGGAAUCAUUAUGCAUUUAUAAAUUUAGUGUUUCCUCUGUAUGUGUUAUAUAUGCCUAGCCAAUGGAGCACCAAAAACAUCACACAGGAAGGAGAUUUGGGGUACUGUUUUACUAUCCAUCAGGAGGCAAUGACAGUCCUACUCUAUGCAGUGUUGAUAGUAGUCCCUGAGGUUUUAUUUUCUGUUCUCAUGAUCUGGGCCAGUGGCUCCAUGGUCUUCCUCCUGCACAGGCACAAGCAGCGGGUCCAGCACAUUCACAGCACUAAUGUCUCCCCCAGAUCCUCUGCUGAGUCCAGAGCCACUCAGAGCAUCCUUGUCCUGGUGAGCACCUUUGUGUCUUUCCACUCCCUCUCCUCCAUCUUUCAUGUUAGUGUUGCUUAUAUUGAUAAUCCCAGUUUGUGGCUGGUGAACACUGCUGUGGUGAUCUCUGUGUGUUUUCCAACUGUCUGCCCCUUUUUCAUUAUGAGCCGAGACUAUACUCUCCCCAGACGCUGCUUUUCCUGGAUACAAAACACAAAAUCCUGUAGUGUUACUGGGGAUAUAUAAAGUAUGUUUGUGCACAAUGUCGUUUUAUAUUCACUG